GUGAACGAUGUAGGAGAAGAAAGGUAAAGUCGUAUUGUUUCGUUGUCCUAUGUCCAGAAUCUUCUAACACAAUAUAACUGAAGAUCAAAUGCGAUCGCCGACAACCUUGUUCUAGAUGUCGUAAGGCGAAUGUUGAAUGCAGACGCGUAGGGACUGGGGAGAAGCAGAGGUAAGGGAACUUCCUAGGCCAGCGAGCCAUUGUUGCAAGUGGUCAUCAGAAUGGUAUUAAGUCUUGCAAGGCCCACGCCAAAAAGCUAUGUCCAGGCGCUUGAGGCCGAAGUCGCAUCUCUAGAGACGUUCAUACAAAAGCUCGCAUCUAGUGAUGAUAAGAAACGCCAGCAGAUGCUUAAUGAAUUCUCUCGAGUUACCGAACUUAUAUUGGCCAAAGAUGAUGAUGCAGGUUCAGGCUCAUCCCCAAAGCCACUUGCCGUUGAAGGCCAAGAUGAAGGGCGGCUGUCCCCAGCACGCGUGGGCCAGCUUCGAAAAACGAGAUCAGGCGGCUCAGCACAGUUUUACGGCGGGACGAGUCUCUACCAUAUCCGUCUAUCCGAAGCAGGUCCUGUCUCGUCGCCGGUCAUCAUGGACUCGACUACAGUUGACGAGACGCAUUCCACAAACACGACCGAGAUGAUGCUUGGUCACACACUGUGGAAUUUAUACCCAAUCCAGUUCGCUGCACAUGACGACGUCUCACAGCGGUUGAUGGCUGCAUUCUUCACAUACCAAUACCAGUCUAAUAUGUGUAUCUACAGAGAAUUCUUUUUAAGAGAUUAUGACAUAGGUGGAGGGCGACACUACUCAGACUUGCUGCUCUUUGCUAUUUGUGCAACAGGGGCCCUCGCGACUAACGAAUCUCUUCUCUCGGACAUCUUCGCCAACCAAGCCCAAGCCCUAUUAUACCCUUCUCUAAACCAUCCCGAUCUUACAGUGCUACAGGCCCUGCUAUUACUAGGUCAGCUAGAGAUAGGUCGAGGUCGAGCGUCCAAAGGAUGGCUUUUCUGUGGCAUGGCCUUUCGACUCGCACAUGAGAUGGGAUUGCAUCUUGAUCCAAUGAACUGGCAUACAUCUCAGGAUCUUACUCAAGACCCAGACAUUGAGCGAGAAAUCCUCCGACGCGUGUAUUGGGCUGCCUUCGUCGUAGACAAGAAGCUAAGCCUGUUCUUCGGUCGACCACCGGCUCUCUACCCGCAGGUAUCAGACGUCCGCGGGACCGAGCGAAUCCCAUAUCCUCCAGACUGGGCAAAUCUACUCGACACAUACGUAGCACCGGGUACUUCUGUCACUGCAUUCGAGGACGGCCCGAACCUCGUCAAUGCUCUCAUAUACCGUAUAGAGCUGUACCGCAUUGUGCAUACUAUGAUCACAGAGGUGUUCGAAAACCGCCGUAAGAAUGCCGGCGGCCCAGUUGUCGCGGCUACGAUUGCGCGGAUCCACGUCUCCCUCACUAGAUGGCUGGCCGGCCUGCCGAAUAAACUGAACUGGAACCAGUGGAUACUAAAUCAGCUUCCGCAAUGGGUUUAUCAUCUGCAUUUGCUUUUUCAGACAGUAAUGACCAUUCUACAUCGUCCACCAAGCCAGCUCCUACAGAAAUCCGAGUCUAGCUUCGACCGCGACGACGUCGAGAUAUGCUACCAGUCUCUCGGGGCCAUCCUCCGGCUUCUCAAGAGCUACAAGCGGUUCUACUCGUACAAACACCUGCCGCUCGAUUUCGUACAGACGUUAUCCACCGCUGCUGGCACUAUAUUGAUGAGAAGGCAUCUUGAAAAUCUCCCCUGGGACGAUAGCGAGACAUCGCGGUCCCUAGACCUCGUGAUAGAAGCCAUGGAAGACAUCAAGGAUACCUGGCCAUGCGUCAAGGAGAUCCUAGACAGCGUCCUCAAGGCUCGUCAGACCGAAGCCGCGGUCAUGCCUGAUAUGGAUCCAGUCAUGGACUUCGACUUUCUCGCGGCUCGACCGCCGGGUUUGCCCGAGGACGGCACCGCGUGGCUUUCGUCACUUGGCAAUGUGAUGACGGGGUCAAUGUUGCCCGGCGAUGUUGAUUUCAAGUGAUAGAAAGCGAUUACCGUAGAAUAUUAUACAAUUAUUAGUAACUUAUCACAUAGAAAGAUGCGUUUGGUAUAUCGUGAAUAGUUCCGUGACGUUUGCUUGAUAGUAAGACUUCCAUGACCACUGUGCUUCCUGGCAUGGUUUGACUUGGGCUUCAUUCCUUUUCACAUUCUGAUACUUUAUGCUAGGUCAGGUAGCAUGUAUGUAUCUACAUUGCCUGCUUUAGGAAGCCAUCAUCAGUUUUCCUGCAUGAUGUUGGCAGAGCUAGAUUGUUUCUUUGUUUUGGGCUGCUGCUACGUAGGUGAACACAACGCGGCCACCUUAGGUGAAUAUGAAACGACAAUUUUACCACGUUUCUUUCUUCUCUUCGUCCCUCAAAAUAGAGGGUGUCAAUAACAUAAUAUUUUAUGUUGAUACUGUUUAUGUUUAGAGUUCCCUUCUGUUGCCGAAGUGCCUGUAGAUGUACGCUGUGGUGAAAACGGUCCAACUAACUCAGGCGUCGGGUAUCAAAAGUCGAGCAGACCGUAAUAGUGAUCAAAAAU